AUGCCGUUUCGCUCCUUUGCUUCUGUCGCGAGCUUGCUCGCUACCCUGCCCUUGGCCCUGGCUGGCUUCGACCCCGGGUCGUCCAAGAACAUUGCGGUCUAUUGGGGGCAGAAUUCGUACGGCCAGAAGGACAGCCAGCAGAACCUUGCCGUUUACUGUGAAAACUCGGAUGUCAAUAUCAUUCCGUUGGCUUUCAUGAACGGCAUUACGCCGCCCAUCACCAACUUUGCCAGCGCUGGCGACAAAUGCGACAAGUUCCCCGACAACCCCAACCUCUUGAAGUGCCCCGAGAUUGAGGCCGACAUCAAGACUUGCCAGUCCAAGUACGGCAAGACACUUGUCCUGUCUCUCGGUGGCGCGACAUACAGCCAAGGCGGCUGGGGCUCGACGGGCGACGCCGAGAGCGCGGCAGAGAGCCUAUGGGCCAUGUUCGGGCCCGUCCAGUCCGGCAGCAAUGUCAACCGCCCCUUUGGCAGCGCCGUGGUAGACGGCUUCGAUUUCGACUUUGAGUCGUCGACAAACAACCUGCCGGCCUUUGGCGCCAAGCUCCGGAGCCUCAUGGACGGCGCGGGAGGCAAGAAGUUCUACCUGACGGCCGCGCCGCAGUGCGUGUUCCCGGACGCCGCCGUCGGCUCGACGCUGGACGCCGUGGCCUUUGACUUCAUCAUGAUCCAGUUCUACAACAACUGGUGCGGCGUGUCCAACUUCCAGGUGGGCUCCGAGACUCAAAACGCCUUCAACUUUGACGUCUGGGACAAGUGGGCCAAGGGCAGCAAGAACCCCAACGUCAAGGCGCUGCUCGGCAUCCCCGCCAACACGGGCGCCGGCGGGGGCUACACCAACGGCGAGAAGCUCAAGGCUGCGAUCCAGUAUUGCAAAAAGUACAGCAGCUUCGGCGGCGUCAUGAUGUGGGACAUGUCGCAGCUCUGGGCCAACAACGGCUUCCUCGGCGAGGUGGCGGGCGACCUUGCGUAGGGCAGGGGCGCCGACAACGGGCCACAGGAGACAACCGAAGAGCACAACAGGUACAUAUAUUGUUCAUAUGCUACUCACUUUCCAUAGCUUCCUCACUUCUCCGCACAUAGUUUUGGGCGGGCGGACGCCCCCCACGUCACUUUUUCUGUCUUUGCGCCCGGGCGUCGGGCUGUACAUACAUACCUUAGCUCUACAUGUACAUAGUCAUGAUACAAACCCCACGAUCGUUACGCCAAUGACAUGCUCCUGCCUGGGAGCUGUAGCAGUAAAGGAAACUAGGUGGAAUAAUAAGAUGUGACAUUUCAUCCGUGUCGGCAAGAGUCUAGGUAAU